AUGCAGACGGCUCUCGCGCCGUUGCGCGAAACGGUCGGUCGUGCAGCAGAACGCGCUCGAUGGGGCGCGACGCUAGAACCGCGUUGCUGUCUGCAGGGCAACGGGCCCGCGGAAGACGUCGCGGUCAGCAGCGCGCCAUGCACCAUGCGCCGUGCGACGACCCAGGAUUCGCCGCGCCCGCGCUCGCGCUCACGCUCCACGUCCCCCGGGGCAGCCGCUGUCGACGGCAAGGCUCGCGAGGACAGCGUCGACGCGGCCGCGCGCACGGCGGAGGACCUAUGGACGCCACGCGCGAGCAAGGUCCCUAGCAGCUCACUAUGCCCGCCGUCCAACGACCAACCCCACUGCGCUUCUAUCCAACCGCCGCCGCUGCCAGUGCUUCAGAGCAGCAACCAGGGCGCGAAUCGUCCGCGCCGUCGCACACCGUCGAUUGAUCCCACACCGCCCGCGCCGUCGAACCACGCCGCACGCACACACAACGCACGCGCCGUCGAAUCACGCCGCACGCACAAACGACAGCAGGCUGAGUCGCCGUCCACUUAA